AUGAUUUAUCAAGUCUGCUUUGAUGGGUUCUUGAACCGACUUCGAUCAUUACAAGAAAAAGUUUCUUUGGCUUUAGUCAUCGUACUUCAUACAGAUCUAAUUGAUUUUCUAAACCCAACUACGAAACCCAACUCGAUCCAAGCAAACCAAACCGACCAAUUACUAUUUUAUAAUCUGAUCACUUAUUCUCAUGUGAUACUCAAAACCAGAAACUUAGGAUUACAAGGCACAGGUGAACUUACGGUUUAUCGUGGUCAAGCUUUACUUGAUGAUUUGAAACUACCGGUAACUGUUUCUAGUGAUCAUGUUUGUCAGUAUAGGAUCCAAGAUAACGUUGUUAAUUAUUUUACAAAAGGAUUAGAUAGAGGAUUUUUAUAA